AUGCGUCAUUUUAGUAGACAAGCUGAUCCGAGACAUUGUACCAUUACUAGAAAGGGCAGCUAUAUUGACUGGAAUAGACUCUCCUCUGACUUCUUACUGGAGGUGAGUCCUUCCAGGCGUCCAGAUAUGGUCUGCAGAUUAAUAUCUUUCUUGAUGCAAGCUCAGAAAAUACUUCAUGAAUGGGACCAGAAAGCAGGCAUGGUCUUAGUUGCCCUUGUAAGAACUGGUAAUUGGGUUGGUCGCUAUCGAUGGAGGGCCACUGUUGCGGUGCGCAUCUUCAGGCAUCGUUCUGCCUCGGAGGUUAUACCAGCCCUUUCAGGCAUUUCUCAUUCUUCGUUCAACCAACCAUAA